AUGUACCUGUCCCACGAGUCACUGCUUAACCUCGGCCUCUUCCCUGCGGACUUCGGUUCUGCCCACGUGAAACCUUCGCCACUCCACCUCGCACGUCGCAUCCCGGGGGACACCUGGAAAACCGUCACGGAUGCCUGGAACGGCUACCAUAGUGUGCCCCUGCGAGUGUCGGACCGUCGUCUGACCACCAUUGUCACGCCCUUCGGCCGCUGGCGCUACAUCAGGGCGCCGCAAGGAUUCCUGUCAUCUGGGGACGGCUACAACCAUCGUUUUGACGCUAUCCUCUCAGACUUCGAGCGCAAAGAACGUUGUGUGGAUGACACUAUCCACUAUGACACUGACCUGGAGCAUCACUGGUGGAGGACCAUCGACUUCCUGACACGUAGGAAGCCUUCCAAAUGUGCCAUAAUUGGGCAGGCCAUAAUUGGGGCCAUCCGUGAGGGCGUGGAGAUCUACGACAUGCGGAGGCGCACCUGCCUCCGCCCUGACUGGUCCAGGCGUGGCAUUGGCUACUUCCUGGUCCAACAACAUUGUAGCUGCACUUCGGGCAUACCUGACUGUUGCCCAGGAGGAUGGAGGAUCACCCUCGCCGGUUCGCGUUUCCUAUCCUCGGCGGAGCAACACUAUGCGGCCAUCGAAGGAGAGGCCCUGGCCAUGGCCUGGGGCCUGGAGCAGACACGAUACUUCACACAAGGAUGUGACAACCUCGUCGUAGUCACCGACCACAAGCCCCUUUUGAAGAUCUUCGGCGACGGCACGCUAGAUGAGAUAACAAACUCACGCCUGUUCAGACUCAAGCAGCGUACCCUCCCAUGGCGCUUUGACAUUGUGUACCUACCUGGCAAGAGCAACCAUGCUGCUGAUGCGACUUCGAGGCAUCCUUGCCUCUCGGGCUCUGCGAACGGCCUCUCAAUGGGAUUGCGUAGCGUACCUGACACUGUAGAAUCCUGUUGCCCUGUUGACGCCGCCCGCGACCUGAUGCCCCGGGUUGUCGUUCCCCAGGCAGCAGAUGGACCCCGUGACUCGGCUUUGGACACCUCCCCGCCGGAGCCCCCUGGUGAGGCAUCCUCUGGUCUCGGGGCCCAGGAUGUCCCCGUUCCUACGGGCGUCGACCCAGAUGCGUCGCUUCCGGCGUCGCAGUCGCCCCAUCUUGGACAGCCGUGCCGCACGAAGAUGCCACCCAGACGCAAGGAGCCCGAGACGGGCCGUUGGAUACAGGACUGAGUCCGUUAACCUAUUCCCGUUCAUAGCUUUCCGGACUGGGAGGGAUGCAGAGUUUACCUCCGGCCACUAGGGGAUAGUGUUGUAUUGCAGACCGCUGACCGGCUGAGUUGGCGGUCUACCUUGCUGUGUUCGCUGGCAUUGCAGACGUUCCCGUUGCAUAGCAUGUGGAGCUGCUGGCAUGAUUCAUCUUUCUACACCAAUCCAGAACAAAGGAAACCAGGAAGCUGGCCACCGCACACAAUGGUUCAAGAACUGGCUUUAACCGGCCGUGAUGCAGCACCUCAUCUCCCCCCUCCUUCCCCCAGAAACCACGAGGGACAGGGAGAGCUGGGGUCGACGGGGGUCUGUGGGCCUCCAGGAGAUCUGCCAGCUGUGAGAUCAUAACCCCUAAGCCUCCAUGAAACAGAGAGAGAGAGAGAGAGAGAGAGAGAGAGAGAGAGAGGGAGAGAGAAGAGAGAGAGAGAGAUGGCAUGGGCGAGAGAGGGAGAGUCGAGAGAGAGAGAGAGAGAGAGACAAAGUCACAGAGAGAGAUGGAGAGGGGAAACAUUUGCCAUCAAGUCCAGGGAGAGAACCAGAAGGGAAGAGCCUGCAUGCGAACCUUGGUACAAACAACACAGGAGCCAAACAAGAGUUCAGUAGUUUUGGAUUGUUCCCCUGAAUGUGACGCUAGGCUGGGGGGGCUCAACAGUGAAGUCUGUCGCUCCAUUAUUAAAGACCACGCUCACCGUUGGCCUCCAGGGAAAGAGGGAUUUAAAGGGAAAAAAAAAUUCUGACAAGGUUUUAGGGUUACUUAGCCACACAGUAUGCCAAUAGAGGCUGGGUCAGAUUGAUGGUAGAAAUUAGAACGGUUUUACCGACAACCCAACCUGCCUGUUAAGAACUUCUGAGAGUCCUGAGCUCAUCCUGGCACAAAGAGCCAAGAGGAUAGGUAACACUCCUCCCACCACAGCCCAGCGUGGUUCAGCACCGCAGUGCAUUAGAUGGGGUGGCCGACAAUGUUAUCACUGAAAGGUCCCCGGGGCCCGAUGCCCAUCCAAGGACAGUGAACCAGGGGUCUAACCAAGUGGGGUUGAGUAUGCCCACCAGGCUAUUUAUGACCUCCCAGGACCCCAUACACACACACAUACACACACAGACACACACACGAGGCAAACACAGGCUCUAACCAGCGGCUAUGUGGGGCUGCUGUUCUGCCGGUCAAAUAAACACUUGUCUCAUCUCCCAUUAGGCUCUUAUCAGGGCCGGGAGUGAAGUGUCCUGUUAAGUGAGUCUAGCACCGCCUGGUCGUCUGUGGACCACCACACCACCACAUUCUCCUAGCUGACUGGACGGCUGUUGGCAGAAGGUGUGACCGAUCGGCAGGACUGGAAUAGUUAACUUCAGCUCCGUAUCCUAAACUUAUCUUGUGAGUCAUCAUCAUCAUGGAAACACCCACCUGAUGCCCACAGAUCUUACUACCUAUGAUAUGAUAUACUAUGAUAUACUGCCAUAUAUCAUUGUCAUCUGUGAGGUAUUUUGCUCAGGGUUACGCUCAUAGCUUUGUGGAUACAUGAAUGUAUCGGAAACCCAGAUGGAUAAUGUGUGGAAGAGAUGAAACAUGGUAACUCGAAACAGAUCAUUGCAGUUUCAUCUUACAUAACAAAUAUAAUAUCUAUAAAAGAUCUCAGAAUAAACACUAAAAUAGGUUCACUUUCACUUCAUUGCUGGAUUACAGUUUACGGAAUAUACAGGCCUCCAUUAAG